UUCAAACAGCUGUUUAUCUAAUCUCAGCUGGUAUUGUGUACUUUUUUUUGGCUAUCUAAUGCUCACCGAAGAAUGACGAUUAACCUACAUUGAAUGAAAAACCUGAGUGAGAUAGAAGUCGGAGUUACAAUGAAGGAAAAUGCAGACCAAGAAUCACUGCCCCAAAUCCCGGUGGUCACCUCGGUGACCUGCUGCUUCGUUCUGGCGGUGCUCUACGUGGGAAGCCUCUACAUUUGGAGCACAAAACACAACCGGGAUCAUCCAACGACGAUCAAAAAAAGAUUUGCCAGUGUCUCCAUGGUGAUGCUGGUGGCCCCACUCUUUGUUUACUUCUUCUCGUCCCCGGAACUCCUUAGCCGGGAGCCAUUUCCCAAGCUGUUGGGAUUCCGCUUGGAGGGACUGUGGCAGGCUGUGGUGAUACCCUACGCACUGACGGUGCUACUCUUCCUGGGUCCCAUCUUCGUCAACUUGCAGAACGAGUCCAUACGCUCCUACUUUGAUCUGGACUUCUGGCGAGGAUCCUUCAACAGCAUCAUCUGGGUGCGCAACCAUGUGAUGGCUCCGCUAAGCGAGGAGUUCGUGUUCCGAGCCUGCAUGAUGCCCCUGAUCCUGCAGAGCUUUUCGCCCCUCGUGGCCGUUUUCAUAACGCCACUCUUCUUUGGAGUGGCCCACUUGCAUCACAUUGCUGAGCGACUGAGUUUGGGAGUGGAGCUGAGUACUGCCCUAUUGAUUGGAUUGUUCCAGUUCAUCUACACCACAUUGUUUGGAUUUUAUUCGGCUUUUCUGUUUGCCCGAACGGGUCAUGUUGUGGCUCCAAUACUGGUGCACGCGUUCUGCAACCACAUGGGUCUUCCGGAUUUGCAGGAUCUUUGGCAGCAGGACCUGUGGAGACGGAUAGUGGCCAUUGUCCUCUACAUAGCCGGAUUUGCAGGAUGGAUUUUCCUGCUGCCUCUGGCUACUGUUCCUUCGUUAUAUGAAAACACGCUCUACUGGAACAUAUAGUAUAAUAUCUAAGGUAGUAGUUGAAUUAUUUUAUCCUUAUCAACCGCUGCCAUAUGACAAGGUAAAGCUAUGUGUAUGCACAUAGGUAUUUUUGUAUGUAUGAAUCAUGUUUAGUUGUAAAUUUCAUAUCAAAAAAGAUGACUGCAUGCACAAUAAACCCAUUUAUGUUUUAUACAAAA